AUGGCUCCCCUAAAGCCCCACUGGAAGCAGCCGUCCCACCCGGGCAUCCAAGAACUCAUCAUCAGCAACGACCAAGAGUUCACAUCUAAGAGCCUGUCCAAGAUCUCCGUGGCCCCGUUCGGCUUAUACGCCAAGAUGGACUUCCCGCCCUGCACACUGUCCGAGACGCCCACGUACGCGACGGUCCAGUGUGGACUGGAGAAGCACCUCGACCUGAACAGCGACCUGAUGUUCAUCAACCACUCGUGCGAGCCGUCUCUCAUCUUUGAUACUGUCAACUUCAACGUCAUCGCCGGACCGCAGGGCCUCGCUCCUGGGGACGAGCUGACCUUCUUCUACCCCUCCACCGAAUGGUCCAUGGCGCAGCCCUUCGCCUGCACCUGCGGCAAGCCCACCUGCCGCGGCCGCAUCAGCGGCGCCGGGGACAUGACGCCGGCGCAGUUGGACGGCGUGUGGCUCAAUUUGCACAUCCGGGAGCUACUCGACCAGAAGAGGCAAAAGCAGACGAGUGUAGCGGGCGGCACGCAGACGGAGAGCGACGGUGCAGGUAAAGUUCUUGCGGGUCAGGGCGAUGCUGGUUCGCCGGCAGGCUUGACGAGACGAGGAGCCUCGUCGCGGGAGCUGAGCGGCGAGAUGGGGGGCGAUACCGUGGUAGCAUGA